UAGAUUUAACCGCACGGCGUGGAACCGUUUUUUUAUAUAAACGAAAUCAAAUUCUGCGGCAACUCUAUUUCCUCUCUGUUUGAACUUGACAAGAGAAAGAAAUUCUCAUCUUCCUCGCGACGACGUGCUAGUUUGCCGCCUCGCACCAUAGAACGAGCUUACACUGCGGGUGGUGCCGUUGCUCUGAAGAAUCAGAACCUUGGAAUUUUCACCGACCCAAGAUUCGCUGUUAUUACCUACUGGGUUGGACGCCCUGUUCCGAUUCUGUAUCCGUUCAUUUCUCUCAAAAGAUCGGAUAAUUUCACCUGAAGAAGUUUGUUGUGAUAGUGAUUUUCUUUAGAAAUUGGUUUAACUAUGGUCACAGAGGAGAAUGCUUCAAACAAGAAAGAAGAUCGUCUACCCAGAGAAGCAAGGGAGAUUUUGCAGGCAUUGGCCACCAAAUGGGGAGAUGAAAUUAAUCCAGGUGCAUUGCAAAUGAUCCCUUUGAAGGGAGCCAUGACCAAUGAGGUCUUCCAAAUUAAGUGGCCGACUAAGACGGAGGACGUCUCUAGAAAGGUUCUCGUUAGGAUUUAUGGUGAAGGUGUGGAUGUGUUCUUUAACCGAGAAGAUGAGAUAAAGACGUUUGAAUUUAUGUCAAAGCACGGGCAGGGACCUCGUCUUCUAGGGCGAUUUUCAAGUGGUCGAAUUGAAGAGUUCAUCCAUGCAAGGACAUUAUCAGCAGUGGAUCUGCGUGAUUCAGAAAUAUCUUCUCUCAUAGCAAUUAAAACGAAGGAGUUCCAUGAUCUUGAUAUUCCAGGUCCGAAGAGCGUGUGCUUGUGGAAUAGAUUGCGAAAUUGGCUAACUGCUGCCAAAAGAUUUUCUCCACCGGAAGAAGCCAAAGCCUUUCGCUUGGAUUCUAUCAAAGAAGAGAUUUCUCUAUUGGAAAAUAACCUCUUGGUGGACCAUCAAAGUAUAGGUUUUUGCCACAACGAUCUUCAGUACGGGAACAUAAUGCUGGACGAGAAGACUAGAUCAAUAACUAUAAUCGAUUAUGAAUAUGCAAGUUAUAAUCCCAUUGCCUUUGACAUUGCAAAUCACUUCUGUGAAAUGACUGCCGAUUAUCAUACAGAUACUCCACAUGUUUUGGACUACACUAAAUAUCCCGGUUUGGAAGAGCGUAAAAGAUUUGUGCAAAUAUACAUGAGUGCUUCAGGUCAUCGACCCAGUGAUGCCGAGGUGAAGCAAUUAAUCCAAGAUGUUGAGAAGUAUACACUUGCUAGUCAUCUUGUUUGGGGCCUCUGGGGAAUAAUAUCGGAGCAUGUGAAUGAGAUCGAUUUCGAUUACAUCGAGUAUGCGAGACAGAGGUUCGAACAAUACUGGUCAAGGAAACAUGAUCUCUUGGGUUCGGUUGCCGAGAGUAAAUAGUAUGUGUGUGUUUACUUGGUGAUUUUGAAGGUUUUCAGUGCUAAGGUGUCGUGAUUCAUUUAUUGACUUGUGUGCCUUUGUAAAAAAACUGCUGUAUUUGACCUCCCAUGUUGAAGGGUUGGUCCAUGACUGUAAUGUAGAAGCUAAUGAGUGAAGAAAUUUGUUUCUGAAACCCAAAAACUGAAACGAGAUGAUGUAAUAAAUACAACAAUAAUAACAAUCUGAUAUGUUUUUAAUGUUCU